AUGGACCGGGGAAGGAGUUUCAUUCAUUUACGGAGUUUGGAAGCGAGGACGAUCCAGGAUCGACUGCUAUCUGAAGAAGUGGAGUUACAUGGAUCUGAUUACCCAUUGGCGUCUGCAUUGACGCUUCUGACUAGCCCUACUCUGUGUCUUUUGCCUUUCCUUAUUCAUAACUUCUUCCUUUACUUACCUUCGGUACCGAGGAAGACUUCUCAGCGAAAGAUGCUCCAGUGGAAGUGGAACCAGCACCCUCGGAUAGCCGCCGUCUCGUGGCCUGAAGUCGUGGGGCAAGGUAUUGCACUGCCCAGUUGUUUUAAACAUGACUCGGUCAAAUUUGUUAGAAAUGGUCAGCCCUUCGGUUUCCCAAUGAGGGAGCCCCCUAUAGAAAUGCUUAGAGCAAGGCUUAGAACCAGAGGUCAAUUACAUCUCAAUUACAUCGACCCUGGGCGCCUAUCUACUCGUUUUGUCCCUGGGGAAGCUUAUGGGGCAAAUAAAAGGCAACUGCCCCUCAAAAUAGAUGCAGAUGAAGGAAGACGAGGAGCUCCUAUACUGCACUCGCCAGAUAGGAAGCCGGGAUUAGCAGAUAUUAACCGAAAUACCUCACGAGUAAAGUCCGUUAGCUUGGAAGACGCAAUCAUAUACUCGUACUGGGGGGCUAUACGCUUUGUUUUAGUGCUUUGCGCCAUGAUUGGAUUUUAUGUCUGGUGGUUCGCAUUGCUUUAUGCCUUUCCGGGGCAGGCGUCAGCCCCCGGGAAUCGCUACUUCGGAUGCAAACAGUUCGGUUCGAAAGCGUUAGGUCCAGUGCUUGUGCGGCGAAGGAAAGAAAAAGAUCACAGGUGCCAAACCGGAGGCUAA